GACGCUAACUGUCACACAUUCCAAUAAAUCUGUUUGUUGAAUGCAAAAUUAUCGAAGAAUAGAAAACAAUUGUGGCGAAACGGCCUGAAAUUACGCGUUUCCUAAUAAUUAAGUGUUUGUGCCGCCAAAAUGUCUCAGUUACCGGAUGAUAUUGGAGAUAUCACCAUGGCUUCGGCCGAGGCAGAUUCUUCACAAACUCACGGGCAUGAAGCAACAUCAAGUGCCAAUAGCGAGGACCCAGCCUCCGGUAGUGCUGCAACCCCCGCCGGCAGCGAAGGUCAAGCGUCCCGCCAGUCCAACCUGCAGCGGAUACAGCAGCGCAAACAGCAGGUGUACAACUGGCCGCAUAACAAGAAGUUGUUGAAGCUCGCUAUUUACUCAGCAUGUCAGACCCCGGACUGCAACUGCACGGGGUGGAAGACGCCCAUGCCGCAGCAGGCCAUCAAGGCCAACGCGCGCGCCGACAACCAACCUUUAGCCACCUUCAACGACCCUUGCCGGAACUGCAACCAUAUUUUAGAAAAACAUGUGACCCAACUGCAAGGUCUCCAAGUGUCGGAAGUGAACCGUCUCCUGGGCGCCGUGGUGGACGUGGAGAACAUCUUCAUGUCCAUGCACCGUGAGGAUGAUCACGACACCAAGCGGGUUUACUAUUAUCUGUUCAAACUCCUCCGGAAAUGCAUCCUCUCUCGCUCCAAGCCCACCAUCGAGGGCCCCCUCGGCCAGCCGCCCUUCGAGCGCCCCUCCAUCGCCAAGGCCAUCACCAACUUCGUACUGUACAAGUUCAACACGCUACCCCAGAGGGAGUGGCAGACUAUGUAUGACUUGGCCAAGAUGUUUCUACAUUGCUUCAACCAUUGGAACUUUGAGACCCCUAGCGUUAGAAAACUGCAAGUGUCUAAUCCAGAAGACAUAUCAGCAUAUCAAAUUAAUUACACAAGAUGGCUAGUAUUCUGCCACGUGCCAGCGUUCUGCGACUCGCUGCCACACUACGAGACCUCCCUGGUGUUCGGGCGCACGCUGCUCCGCGCCGUGUUCAAGUCCGUGUGCCGCCAGCUCAUGGACAAGUGCCACUCCGAGCGCGACCGCAUGCCGCCCGAGAAGAGGGUGCUGGUACUGACCCACUUCCCACGCUUCUUAGCUUUGCUGGAAGAAGAGAUAUUCAGCGCCAACUCGCCCAUCUGGGACCCUGAGUACAAACAGGUCCCACCAAACCACCUUCAGGCUAUACUGGACAAUAAGACCACGCCGCGGCGGGGCGAAUUCGAGCGGGUGACGACGAGCGGCGACAGCAAGGAUGGCUUCACCACCGUGUCGCUCUCUGCUGGUUCAAUAAAGCAAGAGUCCCUCAAACGCGCCGCCGAGUCCCGAGGCGAAGCCGCCAGCGCCGCCGGCGGCAAGCGGCGGCGCGUCGUGGAGGACAGUGCGGACGACGUCAGCGAGCGCUGCGUGGCCGACAUCGUGGCCACCAUCACCGACCCCGCCUACAUGUGCGGGCCCGACGCGUUGUUCCAAAUGCAAGCGCCGCGCGAUGAGGCCGCUAAAGUGGAGGAGCAGCGGAAGAUGAUAGAGUUCCAUGUCAUCGGGAACUCUCUCACUGGACCUGUUAACAAGCAAACCAUGCUGUGGCUCAUAGGUCUUCAUAACGUUUUCUCUCAUCAGUUACCAGAAAUGACCAAAGAAUACAUCUCACAGCUAGUUUUUGACCCAAAACACAAGACUUUAGCUUUGAUCAAGGAGGGAAGACCAAUCGGAGGGAUAUGCUUCAGGACUUUCCACUCACAGGGUUUCAGCGAGGUGGUGUUCUGUGCGGUGACCUCCAACGAGCAGGUGAAGGGCUACGGAACGCAUCUGAUGAACCACCUCAAGGACUACCACAUUCGGAACAACAUUCUGCACUUCCUGUCGUUCGCAGAUGAGUUCGCCAUCGGUUACUUCAAGAAGCAGGGCUUCAGCAAGGACAUCCGCCUCCCUCGCGCCAUGUACCAGGGCUACAUAAAAGACUACGAGGGCGCCACGCUCAUGCACUGCGAGCUCAACCCCAGGAUAGUCUACACGCAGUUCACCUCGGUCAUACGCCGGCAGAAAGAGAUCGUUAAGAAAUUGAUAGAUAUGAGGCAGAAAGAAGUUAGGAAGAUUCAUCCCGGGCUUACGUGUUUUAAAGAGGGUGUCCGCAGUAUCCCCGUGGAGUGCAUCCCCGGGCUGCGCGAGACGGGCUGGCGGCCGGCGCGUGCGCAGCCCGCCGACGCGGCCGCCGACGACGUCACCGCGCUACGCACCGUGCUGCACGGAGUAAAGAACCACGCGGCUGCCUGGCCGUUCUUGAAGCCGGUGGACAAGGCGGAGGUCCCGGACUACUACGACCACAUCAAAUAUCCCAUGGAUUUACGCACGAUGGGCGAGCGUUUGAAAGCGCGCUACUACGUGUCCAAGAGGCUUUUCAUCGCCGACAUGACGCGGAUCUUCACCAACUGCCGCACAUACAACUCGCCCGAGACAGACUACUACAAGUGCGCAAACACGCUGGAGAAGUACUUCCAAACGAAGAUGAAGGAAGCCGGGCUGUGGGACAAAUGAUCGGAGUUCAGUUUCGACGCGUUUUUCCUGCGAGAACUCCACAACAUCCCCGCCGCCACCCCUGCGGCCAACGCCACCGAGACUUGAAUCUUUACUGUUCGGAUACAUAAGUGCACUUUUACCUAUGGUUCGUUUUUUUUUAGCAUUAGAAAUAAGGUAAACAAUCUUGAUGUGUCUAUUAAUUGAAAAACACAUUUUUAAAAUAAGUUACGGCAAAUAUGUAACAAUUAUGAAUCUAAUAUGAUCAUUUAUAUACUUCUGCUUUCAUAAGUAAUAGUUACUGAUUUUUAAAAAGCGUUUUUCAAUUAAAAGACAUGUCAAGAUCGCUUACCUUCUUGCAAGUUCUUUCUAAUGCUAAAAAAACGAACUAUAGUGUUGGUUAAGACUCGAGUCCUUUGAGUCCUCUGCUUCAAGACUCGACUCCGUUUUUGAGACUCUUAUAAUUAAGUCUAAACUCUACUUCUUUUCAACUUGUUAGAGACCCAAGUCUUUUGUAGAGACUGGAGUCCUUCUCAGAGCACUUUUGAUUUCUUUUACAAAAAAAAAACACAACGCAUUGGCUUUAUGUCAAAUUCGUGAAUUAGGUACACAAAUCAUACAAUAACGCCUAAUUUCUUUACAGUUAUUUAUUAAAAACCUAUAAAAUUGUUGACGGAGUCUUUAUUCAAAGACUCGAGUCCUGUCCGACUCGACUCGGGACUUAAAAGACUCAAGUUUUUUAAGCGCCGAGUUUCGUAAAAACGAACUAAGUUCUUCAAAGUCAGACUCACUCAGUCGACUCAAGUUCCUGCCAACACUACUUUUACCCGAUAGUCUACUUUGGCCCCUUCCUUCACAUUUAUUUAUUUAAACUUUAUUGUACAGCAAAAAUUGUACAAAAGGCGAACUUAAUGCCAGAAGGCAUUCUCUACCAGUUAACCCUCGGGCCAAACUGAGAACAAGCAGUAAUAGGUGCAAGAAAAAUUAAAUAUUAAAUGUAAAUGUUACACACAUUACCCCGGCCACCCCUAUGUGAACUUACGGUGUUACCACACGAAUCUAUCGAUCGGUUUGUGUAUGUAGAAACUAUCGAUCGAUUGGUGUGGUAACACCUUUACUUUGAGAUGUAACAUAUUUCAAUGUUUGUAGUUUUAUUAGUCAAUCAUCAUCAUCUUCCUCGCGUUAUCCCGCCAUUCUGCCACGGCUCAUGGGAGCCUGGGGUCCGCUUGGCAACUAAUCCCGAGAAUUGGCGUAGGCACUAGUUUUUACGGAAGCGACUGCCAUCUGACCAUCCAACCCAGAGGGUAAACUAGACCUUAUUGGGAUUAGUCCGGUUUCCUCACGAUGUUUUCCUUCACCGAAAAGCGACCAGUAAAUAUAUCGAUGAUAUUUCGUACAUAAGUUCCAAAAAACUCACUGGUACGAGCCGGGGUUUGAACCCGCGACCUCCGGAUUGAAAGUCGCACGCUCUUACCGCUAGGCCACCAGCGCUUUAAGUUUUAUUAGUCAAUAAGA